AUGCCGCUCACCUUCCAGACUCUCGAGAACCAAAUGCGAGCUGUUCUCAACGAUGUCUACUUCGGCACUUCCAAGAUCAUCAUCGAUUCAAUGCGU